AUGCGUGUGCUUGGACGCGGGCGAGAGGGAAGUCUGCAAAGACCUCGUCGCCGGGCUCCUGAGGCUGAGAAGGGCCGUAGGAGCGGAGUUCUGAGCCUUCAACAAGAGGCUACCUGGGGCAGCGCGACUGAUCUUGGCCCCGCGCGCGCAGGGAAGGCGUUGUUGACCCUUCCGGGAGCAAAAGCACCAUUUGAAAGGGAGGGUGCACAUUUCUGUCGUGGCUGGACCGGACCGAACUCCUCCGGCACUCAGCUGCGGAACCUUGCAUGGCCCACACCGACCUGGAGUUUGUGGCUUCGCCGCUGCCGACAUCGCGGUGUUCUAUCUCAGCUGAGAACCGAGCAGUACACCGCUGCCUUCCGGGCCCUGGUCUCCCAAGAAACAGGUAUUUCGCUGUUCUAUAAUAUACCCUUUCUUAGAAUAAGUUGUUUGUUUUUUUUUUUUUUAAUUAAGAGAGGGGAGACUUGUUUUAAACGAUCAAAGCACCAACUCCCUGCGCGUUUGUUUAAAAACAAAGGGCAAGAGAAGAGCAGAGAGAGUAACUGGGCAAUACAGGAUCGCUUUACGAACUUCAGGCUCCGGGACAAUCAUUUCAGUCUCCGGCUGCGGUCGGCGCCCGCUUUCACUCCAGCAUCAGCUGGAGCGCAGACCCCGCCGGUCGGAAGGACAGAGGCCGUCCGCGGAGCCAACUUCGCUUUACCUGCGCCUUCCCAGCCUCAAGUGUCCGCCGCGGCCCGAGCGCCGCUCCCUCCCGCCCGGGUUCUGGGG